AUUUAAUUUUCCCUCAGAACUUUCCGGGAAAGGUCAAAAUCUUGCCAAACAAGAAACUGCUGCAACAGAUCUUUGUCUACAAUCGUUUUUGCAAAUUUAUAUAGUAUUAGAAACGUCUUAGAGAUAGUGUGUGUGUAGAGAGAGAAUUGAUUUUGGGGAGAGAGACAGUGUGGAAACACUGGUUACUUAUAUUCAUGAUAUUAGUAUAUAUGUAUAUACAGAGAGUGUGAAGGCAGAUUAUCAGGGAAAUUAAGAAACAGAUUGUAUUUAUAUUGGGGUUUUGAUUCAGUGAUAGAAAGUUUGGGGUGGUGUGUGUAUAGAGAGAGAGAAUUGUUUUAAGAUGUUACCUUCAUCCUUUUCGUACUGAUUUCUAGAGCGAGAGUGUGUACAGAUUGAGAGAGAGAGAGAUUGGAUUCAAACACAGAGCGAUUUGUGUAUAAUUGAUUCAGAUUUCAAGUUCUUAUAGAGAAACAUGUCCCCUACAUCUUCAUUUUCGAAUGAACAAAUACGGACCCAACCCCAAACCCUAACCCUAAUUCCAGGAGUCCCAAACGAUCUAUCCGCAUUAAUCCUAGCGUUCGUUCCAUUCUCUCACUAUGCUCGUCUCAAAUCAACCUGCAAAUCAUGGAGGGUUUUCCUAUCAUCCAAAACCCUAAUUUGUCUCCGCCGAUCACACCUCCGGAUCUCUCAUCUCUCACACCUCCUCUGUAUCUUCCCUCAGGACCCGUCAAUUGCGUCACCGUACCUUUUCGACCCUCGAAACCUAGCAUGGUGUCCUCUCCCUCCCAUGCCCUGUAACCCCCAUGUCUAUGGCCUCUGCAAUUUCACCUCAAUUUCAAUUGGGCCACACCUCUAUGUCCUUGGAGGAUCACACUUCGACACAAGGUCCUUCCCUAUUGAUCGUCCCUCCCCAUCGUCCUCCACUUUCCGCUACGACAUAGUCACGUCUUCAUGGGACCGUCUCUCCCCCAUGCUCUCGCCUCGUGGGAGCUUUGCGUGUGCUGCGAUCCCAAAUUGGAAUUGUAUUCUUGUUGCUGGUGGUGGGUCUAGGCACACCCUGUUUGGAGCUGCUGGGAGUAGGAUGAGUUCAGUGGAGAUGUAUGAUAUAGGGAAGGAUGAGUGGGUGGCGUUGGAUGGGUUGCCACGGUUUCGAGCAGGGUGUGCAGGAUUCUUGAUGGGAAAGGGGGAGAAGAAGGAAUUCUGGGUGAUGGGUGGAUAUGGGGAAUCGAGGACGGUUUCAGGGGUGUUUCCCGUGGAUGAGUAUUACAAGGAUGUUGUGAUGAUCGAAUUGAAGAAUGGUGGGAAGUGGAGGGAGCUUGGAGAUAUGUGGGAGGAAGGGGAGAGGAGGCGACUCGGGAAAAUUGUUGUCGUUGAGGACGAAUUUGGAGAUGUUCCUGGCAUUUUUAUGCUUGAUGGAUUCGAUAUCUUCAGGUAUGAUAUGGCUUUGAACCGUUGGCUGACGGAGACAAGUGUACCAAGAAAAGCCCCCAACGACUCGUCAUUUGGUUUUGUUGUGUUGGACAGGGAGUUGCAUGUGAUGACUCUUCUGAACGGAAUUGAUUCAACAGAGACACGAAGAUCACGACAGCAAAAGAGGGCAGCAACACUGUUCAUACAGAUAUACCAUCCUAGGAGGAAGUCAUGGAGAACUCUAAUCACAAAGCCACCAUUUCACAACCCUUUAGAUUUCAAAACUGCGGUUAUGUGCACCAUUUGCCUGUAGAAGAUUCCAUUGAUUUCUCUGAUGUGUGUAACGCUGUUAUUACGUCUGCAUAAUGCUCGUUUCAUCUUUUAGCUUCAGUACCUUGAUGGUUAGUAUGUUAUAGUAUUUGUAUAUGCCAGUGUAUAGCUUGAUGAGGAUGAUUGCAUUCCAAUAAAAAUGUUGUAUUGAUUUUCACUUGACUUGUGUAGAUAACUUCCACAAGUAAAUGUAUCUAAAUUUUGUGUAUAUCUCUUCA